AUGUCUCUUAUCAACAUGCCCUACAACUGCUGCUCUGGAAAUGACUCCUCCCGCUCCUUUGGGGGCUACCUGUGCUCCUCUGGUGCUUCUUCACACCCGAGCAACCUGGUCUACAGCACUGGCCUCUGUUCUCCCAGGACCUGCCAGGUGGGCUCCUCUCUCUACAGAGGCUGCCAGGAGAUCUGCUGUGAGCCCACCAGCUGCCAGUCAUCCUAUGUGGUGUCCAGCCCCUGCCAAACGUCCUGCUACAGAUUGAGGAACUUGGGGAUCCGUAGUCCCUGCUACCUGCCCUACAGUGGGUAUCUGGGCUUUGGGUCCAGCAGCUGCUACUCCCUGGGAUAUGGAUCUAGAAGCUGCUACUCACCAACCUAUGGAUCCAGUGACUUCAGAUCCCUAGAUUACAGAGUCUGUGGUUUCCCUUCCCUGAAUUAUAGAUCCAGAUUCUACUUGCCUUCUAGGACCUGCUAG